GGCUCGACUUUAAAAGCCACAGGGGGUACCAUACAGCUCUAUCUCAACCGAGUCAAAACCACAACCAGAUGCCUCGUCUUAUAAGUCUCGUUCUCAUCUCACUUCUCUCUGCAGCUGGCCUCGCUGCGGCUGGUGUUACCAAGGUCCUUCAAUGCGGGGCUUCCCAAUACGAUCCUGCCCAUUACACCUGCUUCGACGGGGAUUUUCUCUGUCCCAUCCACGACCCGCAUGGCUACAGCGACGCCGAUGUGCUGCUCCGCUGCGGUGACAACUGCUACUCGACCAACGAUUCAACCUGCAACGGUACCUCCGUCGUACCACUCCAAAUCGGCGAAAAUCCGUUGGAAGAUUGCGGUCCCCGCGCGCGGUUCUAUGCCCAGGACUACGUCUGUAUCGACGGCGACCUGCUCUGCCCGAUCGUCAAUCACCUCGGAUAUCUUCGGUGCGGGAAGGCGUGCUACGAUCCGUUCUCGUACAAUGAGCACCCGUCACCCGUAGAUGCACCGCGCGCAACACGCUCCUUGCGAUUCCCACCACCUGUCUCGGCCCGGACCAGUACAACCGCUGGUGUGACAACCAGGGAUGCCGCUGGCUCGACUGUUGUGAGGGUCUGA